ACUCACCAACGAGUAUUCGCGUUUAGCUUAUAACAACCACUGUGCGCUGAGCAGUUGUCGCUUGGUGUGAACACGGUACGAUCAGUGUUGGAACAGACAUCGCGGCAUCAAGUCGAGUUUUGUUUUCGUUAAACCUAAUGUUAAUGAGUUUAUAAAAAGGCAAGCCAAGUAUACAAGCGCGGGAAUCCCAAAAAACAACACAUCGGACAUGCUAAUGGCAUUAUCAAGUUGACGGAUUAAAGAUUCAAUACUAUUCUGGUGGUUUGAGUAUUGUGGAGACCAAACACAUGAGCCAUAUUCCAGAAUCGAACGAAGGGGCGAGAAGAGAACUUUUAAAAUAAGUCUAGACUUUACGUAGCAGAUAUCAAGCGAUUAAAAAUAAAAACUGCCUUCAACGAUGUCAUGUCUAUAAAUUGUUUGAAUUGCACAACACACAGCUUGGAGCCCAGAGAGUCAGUUGCGUGUCUGGAGAAGCUACACAAGUCAUUUGUUAAGCAACAGUUAAACGGAAACUGUUUGAAGUUAAGCUGCUAGUUUUAUAUCGAUAUCGAUAAGAUGACAAAGCUGCAGGUGAUAUUGCAUCCAGUGCGGAAAGAGUUUAGACGCAAGCGUUGCGGAUUCGAUCAUGAUACGCCUGAUGAUUUUGUCAAGUCGCAAUGGCAAACGUGUACGAAGAGCACGGCGUAUUUGUUCUAUCGCUGGUUCAUGGCCCUUUUCUUUAUUGGCGUUGUCGUCGAGUCCAUGUGGCCGGUGGCCGAUGAUGAGACCAGCUAUUGGUUAUACUUUAUCUAUAUGACCAAUUGGGGCAUCUGGCUUUGCAUGCUGACCAAUUUACUGGGCGCAUUGCUCGUUACCAUCUGGCAUUACCAUCCUGAGUAUGCGGACAAACUUCUUAAUAUGCAGGCUUGGACAAGUCCCUUUCGAAUUUACUGGGGUAUGCAUAUGAUCGCACUGGUCUUAUCGAUUGUCAUUACGAUCAUUUACUGGAGCAUUCUUUACGAUGCUAAUGAAAGCACUUUGGAUGCGACAAAUGUCCUAACGCAUGCCCUCAAUUCAGUCUGCAUGUUCAUCGAUCUGUGGAUUGUGGCCCAUCCCUUGCGCCUGUUGCAUAUCUUUUUGCCAGUAUUAUUCGGCAUUGUCUAUGCCAUAUUCUCCUAUAUCUAUCAAAUGUGUGGCGGCAUGAACAAGAAAGGCAAGCCUUAUAUCUAUCAUGUAAUCGACUGGACCCAACCAAGCAACGCUUUCCUGACUGUACUCGGUGUGCUGGUGCUCUCCUGCGUCAUCUAUGCUCUGCUCUUUGCCUUCUUCAAGCUGCGUCUGUUUCUCUCGCGUAGCUGUCGACAGGGCACCUUUGUCCUGCCCACCACAAGCAAGCAGUGCGACAAGAUGCCAAACGGCAAGCAGAGCACGGCCACGCCCACGCCCAGUGGCAUACAACAUUCGCCCUCAAGAAUUUCCAUGGUCUUGAGCAACUUUGAGGGCUAUGAGAAUCAAGCAUACGCUGCAGGCGCUGGCGAGCAAAAGUCAGGCUAAGUCCAGUUGGGGGGCAUUAGGGGAUAUUUUCAACUGCUUUGUAGCUAAACUAAUGAUUCUAUGAUAGACAAAUUAUAUUUUUAAAAUUAAUGUUUAGUAGUACUUCCAACGCGUGAUAUUGUAUUAUUU